GACUUUGUUACAAAUCGAGCAAGUAUUCAAAUCUAUUUUGUGUUUCAGCUGAUAAUGACGACGAUACAACAAGAAGUUGUUAACACUGAAACCUGUGGAAAGCUUAAUGUAUUCAUUCAAGGUCCAAGAAAUGCUAAUGUUGCCUUCUUGACAGUUCAUGAUCUUGGUUGUAAUCACAAUGAGAUGGUUAAUUUUCUUGCUCAUGAAUCUAUGGAACCAUUAGCUAAUCGAUGUACUUGGGUACAUGUUGAUGUUCCAGGACAAGGUGAUGGAGAAUCUGAUUUACCACCUGACUACACAUUCCCAAAUGUUCAACAACUUGCUGAAGGAAUGAAUGAAGUGUGCAAUGCUCUUAGGUUACAGCAUAUUGUUGUAUUUGGUGAAGGAGCUGGAGCUAAUAUACUAGUUAGACUAGUGAUGUUAAGGCAAGAUUUAAUACUAGGUGCAGUUUUAAUUCAUUGCACAGGGACUAGCGCAGGUCUGUCUGAAAGUCUUCGUGAUCGAUUGCUUGGUUGGAAGUUGAACACAGUUGGAAUGAAUCCAGCAGCAGAAUCCUAUUUAUUAAUGCAUCGAUUUGGAUCAGCCGCAGAUGCUGAGGAUGAAAUAGAGCUGAGAGAAGUUUUGAAAAAAUUUCGUCAAUCUCUUAGAAAUGCAAUUAAUCCAAGAAAUUUGAACAAAUUUAUUAUGUCAUUCAUGUCACGAACAAAAAUCUUGGAGAAUGUUGAUCAAAUCAGGUGCCCUGUUCUCUUGUUAACUGGUACACUGGCGUCACACAAUCAUACUGUCUUUCGAUUACACAAUGCUUUACUUACAGCUGUACGUAAUGAUCCUGAUCUUCAAGGGAAAGUUGAAUUGAUUCAAGUGGAGAAUGUGGCAAAUGUAUUAAGCGAACAGCCUGAAAAAGUUGCAGACGCCUUACAAUACUUUAUUCAAGGAUUAGGAUUAGCUGGUGGAUUAGUUAACCGAAGAAUGAGUAGUACAAUACCUGUUGCUAGAAAUAGAUCAUUAUCUAUGGAAGAAUAUGAUCAACCAAAAGGUGCAACUUAUUGUACAUUUAAUAAAAAUCGUAAAUAUAGUACAACAACAACUAAUAAAAUCGGCGAUGAAAGUCCAAUACAUGAACGUAAUAAUGAAGAUUAGGUAUAUUCAUUAAAUAAAUAAAUAAAUAGUUCAUUAAUAAUCAAUAGCUGAUUGGUUGGUUGUCUUUAUACAAAUGAAAUGCACUCACUCAAUAAUCAAUCAUUCAUAUUCACAUUUACACUUACCUACUCACUCAACAGACUCAAUUACACAGAGACUAUGAAAAUACACAGUGAAUGAAGUAAUAAUGGACUGCACAACUUCAAAUCUUUUAUUCCUUUUCCCUUUUCUUUCUUCUUUCUAUUUGCUUUCGUGGAUUUUCAUUCUCUUCUUUCUUUACAAUCAUUGUCACUAUUAUUAUUAUUUUUAUUAAUGAUAUUACUACUUGAUACAAUGAUGAUGAUGAUAAUAAUAAUAAUAAUCUACGUUUGUCCAUUGAUAUUCUUUCACUUUCUUUAUUCGUGUCAAGUGUACACAUCAUUCAACCUUCAUAAUCACACUUAAUUCUUAAUCCCUCUGAUCACUGGACUUCUUUAUCGAUAUGCGACGAUAUAUACAAAUACUACACAUUAUUGUGUAGUACUUUCCAAUAAGCAUACAAUCACUAAAGGGAGAAAAGAAAAGGAGUUUACUAUUAAAAUCUUAACCUACUGUUUUCUUUCUUAAUAUCUACUAUCUAUCUUAUGCUUAUUUUAUAAUUUCGAUAUUACUAUUCUACUUGUUCUCGUCAAGAUUACGUAAGAUAAUUCAUCUCUAUAUCUUUCAUAGAUUAGUACUGCUUUUUGUAAUCAUGACUAACACUGAAAAAUCUAAUAAUCAAAUUACACACAAAUACUUUUAUAUACAUAUAUACAUAUAUAUACGUACUAAAAGAAAAAUCGGAUUACAUUCUUGCAUAAUUAAACGUACAAUUAGUUUUAAUAUUGUAAUCAUCAUCUUUACAAUAUUUUACUAAGAAAAUUUGUAGUUCAUAUU